AUGUUCGAUUUAUUCAGUUCGGUACGAGUUCUACUGAAACUGGACCGAGUGUGCCAUGAUAACAAUGUGUUCCGGCUGCAUUACAAAGCCACGUCCAUUAUGCUAGUCGUGUUUUCAUUGCUCGUCACCUCCAAACAGUACUUUGGCGACCCCAUAGAAUGCGUGUUGGGAAAAGAUGCAGUGCCUUCGAGGAAAGCCGUGAACAGUUAUUGUUGGAUUCAUUCCACAUUUACUGUACUUCGCCACCAAGGAGGCACUAUUGGAAGAGACGUGUCGCACCCAGGAGUAGCGCAGCACAUACCAGGCCAAGACGAAGUUAUUCACCAUCGGUACUACCAGUGGGUGUGCUUUACUCUUUUCUUUCAGGCCAUUUUGUUCUCCGUUCCGCACCAAUUGUGGAAGAUCUGGGAGGGAGGACGACUGAGAAUGCUUUCUGUAGAUUUAGGGGAGCCACUGGUGGGCAGCAGCGCGUGGAGCGAGGAACGCAAGAAGGUGCUGACGUCAUACCUGCUGCAGGCGCGCGGCCUCACGCACAACUUCUAUGCCAUACGCUUCGCCACCUGUGAGCUGCUCAAUCUCGUCAACGUGGUAGUCCAAAUCUAUUUUUUGGAUGUCUUUUUGGGCGGGUCCUUUUCAACCUACGGUCCAGCUGUCUUCGUGUCUAGAGACAAGAUCAUGGAUCCCAUGAAUCGAGUAUUUCCCAAAGUGACCAAAUGCUUGUUCCAUUACUACGGUCCCAGCGGCACCAUCCAAGUCCUGGACUCUCUGUGCGUACUUUCCCUCAACGUGGUGAACGAGAAGAUUUUCCUAGUGCUGUGGUUUUGGUAUGUUUUCCUGACUGGAUUAUCGACGAUGGCCAUCAUGUAUCGAAUGGUGGUAAUGUUGAGCACUACUGUUCGCAUUUACCUGUUGAUGGCCCAAGUGAGAUUUAUGCCUCGAGGGAAGUUAAGCGCUUUAGUCAAGAAUAGUGCAAUAUUAGAAUCUAUAGAUGAAGCAAAGAAGUAUGCUUCAAAGUUAGAAGAUCUUACAAUUGCUGUUGAAAAGGCGAAAGAACAGAUACUAAACAGCGCUCUGAAAGCUGAUGCAGAUAUCGACCAUUCAUUCGAUGUAUUGUCAAGGACUUUAGUGGAUUCCUUAAACAGGAGAAAGAAGACUUUAAAAGAGGAAGUAGAAAGAAUACGUAAAGAUGGACUGCAACCUUUAAUAGACUGUGAAAAAAUUAUUCGUAGUAAGAUAUCAGAGACAAAAGACUAUAUUAAGGAAGGUGAAGAGCUUCUUGACAAGGAAGCUUCUCAGUCCUCUGGCCUGAAUUGUUUUGCAGAGUUUAGUGAACAGUCGGUAUUCCUGGGCAGUCUGCCUGCAGUGCCACAACCAGAAGAAGUUCCUGACAUAUCAUUUAGUAUUGCAGUAGAACCUCUGCAAGAAGAAUUAAGACAAAGAUUUCUUAGUGCGGGUCGUGUGUCAAAAAUGGGACCUGUUCAGGUCAUGCUUGUGGAAGAAAAACCAGGAGCACUCCUUGUGCACUGGGAGGAAGUUGAUAUGGAAAGAGUUGUAGAUGUAAGCAGUUUUCGCUUGCAAAUGGCAUAUGGAGAUAUGGCCAGUCGGAACUCUCUUCUUGAAAGUAAUUUUCACGACGUGUAUCAAGGUCCUGAGACACAGCACCUUGUCAGAGACUUACGGCAAGGGGAGCCUUACACUUUUCGAGUGUGUUGUCGAGUAGAAGGAGAUUCGGAGUGGAGUGCCUGGUCUCUUCCCCAUGUUGCUUCUUCAAAUCAGGAACCCUUUUGUUGGGAUCAGAAGAAUCCAAAUUAUGCCAUAACUAAUGAGAAUAAAUUAGCAACCAAAGUAACUGCAGAUCAGUCAGUUCUGUUUUCACAUAAUGAACAAUUUGGACCUGGACAUUCUAUUGAAUUUACUAUACUGGAAUGUGGUGUUGGCUGUAGUGAUGAGGGACUUGGCCUGGUGGAUGUGAGAAUUGAAGGAGAGAAUUUGUUGCAGCCUGGAGCUCUAUUUCUGAAUUCUCAAGGUUGUGUUUUUGUGGAUGGUAUUGAAAAAACUACAAAGCUGCCACCAUUAGAGAAAGGAUCCAAAGUUUGCUUUACUUGUGAACAUAUACGUGAUAACAAGAUUCGUGUUAAUAUUGAUAGUAACAAUAAAACAGUGACUUAUGACUGGAAAGUUAGUAGCCCUGAACUGAAAGUAUAUUUUGCCGUCUGUUUUGGUCAGAAAGGCUGGAAAGUGCUUGUUGAGUGACUAGAAAAAAUGUGCAUUUUUUGCUUUAUUGAUAUUAAAUUGAAUCUCUUGAAUGAAUGUACACAUUUGUUAUAAUUCUUAAGUGAUUAUGAAGGAAGUUAACUGACUACUUCACGGAAAUUAUUAUAAAUUUUAAUUAUUCUGAUUUCUGUAUUGAUUUGCCUGAGCAUCACCGACAGAAAUAAUUUCGUUGCUUUGCCAAUUUUCAUGAGUUUCAUUAUUAUGAAAUGUUUUUCUAGUCAGAAAAGUAAAACUUAUUUGAGAAUACAAUUCGGGAAAAGGAAUGUUUGUAUUGAGACAAAUACGUUUGUCAAAAAUGUUAUCUGUGAAGUCAUUUCAGUUGUAUAAUCAAUUUCAUUCAUAUGUUUUAGGUAAAACUAUACUUACAUACUUAAUCUUUUUUCUACAAAAUAACAUUGAAAAGAAUUUAUGUAAACUUGGUUUUGAUGAUUUAAUCAAAAUAUCAGAAAACCUGGUGACAUGCUAAAUUUCUCCAAUGAUUUAAUGUGGAUAGACAUAACUGGUAAAUGAAAUACUGAUGCUCUUGUAUAUAAUAAUUGAAUGUGCAACCUUUUUUGAGGUAAUAACACAUAUUUUUCUUUGAGAGUUUUAUGAAACAACAAUGGUUACAAUUUUUUCAUCAGCUCUUAAAUGAAGAAAAACAGUAAAAUAUUUUGUUUUUAUUUUUGUGCAUUUAUUAUGUAUAUUCUGAGCAUAUUGAUGUAGCAUGCAGUAACAAUUGUUUUCCAAUGUAAUGCUUUAGAUGCUUUGCAUUACAUGUGGAAAAAAAGAAGUACAAGCAAACCAAAUGGAUGUUGAAUUAGGUAUUGUAGAAUGCCUAUUCUACAUUAACUCAUAAAUUGAAUUUAUUUGGACUUAAAAAUAAAGUAUCAAUAUACUAUUUCUGAAUACUAAGAUUAUGAAAUGUUAAUAUAUGCAGUUAAAAUUCAAAAGAAGGGAGUUGGGUACUUUCAGAAGAAAGAAUGUUUGGUUGUUCACCACAUGUGUAGUAUGUGGUACAACCUAAAAUUUACUUGUUACAUUAGUCCCUUCAGUGGAUCUUUUUCUAUUUGUUACAUCUAUAGUCAUUUGUCACACUUUUAAUACAUGAAACCAUAUUAUCAGAAGUUAAAUAUAUGAAAUAUUAUAGUGCAAGCUUAUGUUAAUUUCUGAUUACAAAGAGUAUGUAGGAUAUCCAGGAUGCCAAAAGCACAAUCUAUCUAUGCAAAGGUACAAAUGCCUUUGGUAUGCAACGCCUGCAUUUCAAGGAACUUCAAUGUUAGUUCUGCUGGUGCUUAUUCUUCAUGAUCAAUGUGCCAAUUAUUCAAAUGCAGGUUAAAAUGAACAAACUAUCUUUUGUAAAUGAUAAAAUUCAACAAAAAUAGUUGUAAAUAAGUUCUGCUGCACAAUUCAAGUUUGACUUGCAUUCCAUUUAAUAAAACUUACAUAUUAAAUGACAUUUUAAAAUGUUAGUAUUUGAAAUCAUAUCAAGUUAAAUUUUAGUGAAUUGUCUUUGACUACUUAAUGAGGAAAGUCUGUUGAAUUUGUCUAUGCUUAAGACAUCUUACACUCGCUAUGCAUGCAUGGUUUUUGAGAAACUGACUGACUGAUCUCCAGAGGAAAAGGUUGUAUGUAAUGAAGUUGUGAAAACAGGUUCUCAAACUUUAGCUUUUAGAUAGGUUCCCACAGGUUGUCAGAAAAUUGUUGCGAGUGAGGAAUAGAAUUUUCUACCUCCUUCCCUUCUGUUUCUUUAAACUUGAGAACAACUCCAAAAGUUUGAGGUCUCAAAAUAAUUUUUUUGUAAAAUGGUACAAGAGGUCACUGAGCCAAGAAUUGCAUUGAGUAAUGUUAGUCCAUGUACAUGUGGUCUAA